AUGCCUAAACCCCCUAGAAAGGGUUGUGUUGCCAAUGAUGAUGCAUUUGAGCAUGAGUGUGGUUAUGGAAUGGAGGGUGCUGAUGGUGAAUUUGAUGAAGAUCAGAAUUGUGGAGAUGGUCUAGGUGGUGAUGAUGAUUGGUUGGAAGGUGGUGUUGGUGACUCUGAUACAGAACAACUGAGUGGUUUUGGUGUACCAUCAACCGGCCAUGAUGGUGUUGGUGUAUCAUCAGUUAGGGAUACAUUUGAUUUGUCGGAUUAUGAGUCAUUGAGUGAUAAUGACAAUCCAAAGAGAAGGGGAUACAAAGUUUCAUGGAGGAAGACACAUAGAGCCUGCCUAAAGGCAAUUGAUAGGAUUAGAGGGUCUCUGGCCGAAUCAUACUCUUUGUUACCUAAGUACUGCACAACUUUAUUGGCAAGUAACCCUGGGUCUAUUGUCAAACUGCAUGCUCCGCUAGCCAUAGUAGAUGACACAUAUGGCACAUUCAAUAGAGUGUUCAUCUGCCUUAUAGCCUACAAGAAUGGCUUCUUAGAGGGAUGUAGAAAAAUUGUUGGGUUGGAUGGUUGUCACACUAAGACUAGUGCAAUUGGAGGGAUAAUUCUAUUGGCUAUAGGCCAAGAUGGAAAUAAUGGCAUAUACCCCAUUGUAUAUUUUGUUGUGGAAGCCGAGAACAAAGAAAGUUGGUUGUGGUUCUUGAAUGAGCUUCGUGAUGCAUUGUGUAUUGAUGACCCACACAAGUGGACUUUUAUGUCAGAUAGGCAGAAGGCAGAAGGCAACUCAUACACCCAAACUGACUUUGCUCACUAUAUGGAAGUUGUAAAGAACUAUUCUAAAGAAGCAUAUGAUUGGUUAUGUAAGAUCCCCCCUAUAACAUGGUCUAGACAUGGGCUUGACCCAAUUGUUAAAUCGGAUGACAUCACAAACAAUUGGACUAAGUCAUUCAAUUCUUUGAUUGGGGAGUCUAGGUCUUUGCCGAUCGUAGAAAUGCUAGAAGAUGUAAGAAAGAGACUGAUGCAAAAACUAUUUGAGAGACAUGAGGCUACCAACGCACAAGCAUCUGUGCUAAUGCCAAGGGUGGAAUCAAUCGUCAGCAGAAGGAGGAGAGAGGCCAGGUCAGCUAGGGUUUUCAGGUCUAGACAUUAUGAGUACCAAAUAAGAGGGAAUGAUUUGGUUGAUAAUGUGACUAAGAUGGAUGCUAAGACCUGCACUUGUAGAGUAUGGGACAUCAGUGGCAUCCCAUGCUGUCAUGCACUUGCAGUUUUAACAUACACUCGAGGUACAAUAGAGGAGUUGUGUGACAUGGCCUUUCACAAGUCCACAUAUUGA